AUGAGCGACGAAAAAGAUCCUGGGCGGUUAGAGCCUCCAGGGCCUCCGCCCGAGCAACUCGGGGACCGCAACGACGACCUCAUACUGCGGCGCUGGCGCACGACCGACACCGACGGCCUGUACGCCGCUGCGAGCAGCUCUCUCGCGGAGCUCGCACGAUGGAUGCCCUGGGCCGCAAAAGGCUACAGCAAGGCCGACGCCGAUGGGUUUCUGGCUCGCAGCGCCGGGCGCGCGUGGGACGUGGGCGAGGAUUACGACUUCGCCAUCAUCGCCGAGGGCCGCAUCGUCGGCUCGUGCGGCCUCAUGCGACGCAUCGGCCCUGGCGGGCUCGAGAUCGGCUACUGGAUUGCCUCGGAUGCGACGGGCUGCGGGCUGGCGACGAGGGCGGCCGCGAUGCUGGCUCGCGCAGCCUUUGCCAUGGGCGCCGACCGGGUGCAGAUCCGCCACGACGAGGCCAACGAGCGCAGCGCUGGUGUGCCGCGAAGACUCGGGUUCCGGUGCUUGGGGGAAGCGCCUCCUAUCGAUGCGACGACUGAGCUGCCCACGCCCGGGACGCGCUCUCCGAAAGACUUGGUGUGGCAGCUCGACGGAGCCGACGCCGGGGUGCUAGAUCAGAGGCAACGCGGAAUUGCUGUUUGA